GCUCAAACUCACACUCAUUAUUCAACACAAAAUGUUUAUACAAAAGAACCUUUGGCUUUUGCUUCCAAUAUUCUCCCUCAACAUAGCCAUCACAUUAGCCUCUGACCCUGAUCCACUACAAGACUUUUGCAUACCAAACCCAACAUUUGCUUCUAUCAAAACACAUCAUACCUUUCACACCAUUCUCCCAUGCAAAAACACCUCACAAGUUACCACUAAUGACUUCAUCUUCUCCAACAUGAAAACAUCAGGAAACUUCUCAGAAAUAGGCUUAGCAGUAAUACCAGCAAACCCUACAAAUUUUCCAGGUCUCAACACACUAGGAAUGUCAUUUGCAAGAACAGAUAUAGAAGUUGGAGGAAUCAAUCCACCACAUUUUCAUCCAAGAGCCACGGAACUAAUUCAUGUGAUUCAAGGAAAAAUGUAUUCAGGCUUUGUUGAUUCUAACAAUAGGGUUUUUGCUAGAAUACUUGAACAAGGUGAGGUCAUGGUUUUUCCUAGAGGACUUGUUCAUUUUAUGAUGAAUGUUGGAGAUGAAGAUGUUACUUUGUUUGGUAGUUUUAAUAGCCAAAAUCCUGGUUUGCAGAAGAUACCUUCUGCUGUGUUUGGUUCUGGGAUUGAUGAAGAGCUUUUACAAAAGGCUUUUGGUUUGAGUUCUAAACAGAUCGGAACCAUGAAAAGAAAAUUAGAUCCCAAACAAGAGAGGUAGAUUAGUAGAAGUUAAUGGUAGUUUUGUUGUCCAUUAUUACAUUUUCGGUGUUUGAGUCGUAUGCUAUGUAGCACAGACACUUCAUAUCAAAUAUGUGUUAGGUGUCUGACACAUGUAGUUACAUUCAAUCACUUUCAUUUUCUUAAAUUAUUAUCGGUGUUUACAUGUCAGUGUUGUGUUUGUGUCCGUGUUUUCAUAUGAUAUGUUGGGUUUAGGUUCUCUUUUGUUUCAUAGAUCAUAUGUUGAGAGUUUUCAACUUUUCCUUUUUUUCCUUCUCACUUUUUGUGUGCCUAUGCAAUGUGCCAUUGUAAUGUUAUAUGAAUGAAAUGUAGAUUGGCCA